AUGAAGAUUGCAACCCUCGUACUCCUCUGGGCCACCUCCGCCGCCGCCUGGGAAUGCAGAAAUAGGUCUGAGAAGUUCAGGUCCGACAAGGCCCCGGUUCCUAAGCGGGCUUCUACAGAGACCAGCUGGACCUACUGCCCUGAGGCUGCUGGCUGCUGCACGGAUGGAAACGUAUGGUACGCCUGCAAAAACGUAAGUCUUGUCCCUCUUGUGUGCUUGAGGAGUGGUUUGCUAAUAUUUCUUUAG